GCGACAGCGGGAGGGACGUCUUCAUUCCCGUGGGCGCCGCGCGGAACCAGAACCUGGUCCCCCUGACGCCUGGGGGCCUCAUGCACGGGACCCGGGUGAACUACAGGUCCAUACUGCUGAAGGACCCCGACGAGCGCCUGCGCGCCUCGCAGGAGGCCUGCACGGAGGUGGUGCCCCUCGAGGGGGAGCCGCAGCCGGGGCUGGAGUGUGGAGUGGAGACGCGCAUAGGCGGCAGGGCCAGCAACGAAGACCGCCUGGUGGCCAACGACCUGUACGAUCUCGGGUUCCUGGCCGGCGUCUUCGACGGCCACGGCGGCUCGGGUUGCGUGGACUACGUCUCCCAGCGCUUCCCCACGGCCUUGCACGGCGCCUACGUCGCGCGCGCCCAGCAGCUCGUCGGGGGCGUGGCAUCAUUGACGCCCGACCAGGAGGCAGAUCUCAUCAAGUCGUCCUUCCACGACGCCUUCGCGGCCACGGACGAGGAGUAUCUCGACGCGGCUAAGCGGCAGCACGUCCGGGACGGUUCCACGGCGCUGGUGGUGCUCCUGGCGCAUGGCUUUGAGGCGCCCCCGACCGAGUGCACGGUGCCCGGCUGCCGAGGGGGCGUCGCCAAGCUCUUCAUCGCUAACGUGGGCGACUGCCGUGCCAUCCUCGUCCGCCGCCGCAAGGCCCUGCGGUUGACCAACGACCACAAGCCCGAGCGGGAAGACGAGACGGCCCGCAUCAUCAAGGCAGGCGGCGUGGUCACGCAGGACGCGAACGGCAUCUUCCGCGUGGCCAGGAAGAAGCAGGCGGUCGGCACCGUGCAGCUCUCCACCUCGCGCGCCUUCGGGGACCUGGAGCUGAAGCGCCCGCGGCCCCUGGUCAUCGCGGAGCCGGAGCUGGUGGUCGCCGCGCCGAGCGCGGACUGGGCGGCGGUCAUCGGCUGCGACGGGGUUUGGAACACGAUGAGCGACCAGGACUUCCCGAGGCUGGGUCAUGGAAUUGCAGAAGGAGGAUUGUGUGGCCGCGGCGAAAGAGGUGGCCAACCGCGCAGAGGCAGGCCGCAUGGAAAGAGGUCAGCGUGUUCGUCCUGCGCUUCGGGUGGGUCAACCCGCCGGCGAGGCCGUGAGGAGGCAGAUCGGCGCGCGUGGGGCAAAGGGCACCCAUCCGCUGGUCUUGCCUGGUGGAUACUGGUGAUAAGUUGGCGGCUGGGCGGCGGCUGUUUCCCGGGAUCCGUGAUCAGUGCGAGCGAGUACAGGAGCAUCUGCACUACCACUCUGGAGGUUGGGACUGAGCGGUACCAGCCCGUUCGCCGCGCCGUGGACGGAGCGUGGUCGAAGGUCGCUGGCGUAGGCAUCCGCGAAGUGGUCACCCGAGGCCUCGUAGAACGUGGGCAGCUUGUGCUGGUAGCGCUCGACGAAGCCGCGGAGACGCCGUCCGAGGCGCGCGCGGGGGCUUUCUGGGGCGACGCGGAGGGUGCCACGCGGCGGGCCGCCUCCGAGGGAGGCCAGGGCGUGCAGAUCUACCGGCCGACCGUCGGGGUCCGCAUCCUGGAGUUUGACGUCGAGGUCCGAAACUCGCAGCGCGUGACCAUCGAGUUGUGGGACGCGUCGGGUGACCAGAAGUUCAAUAAGUGCUGGCCGGCGAUCAAGAAGGACGCCGUCGGCGCCGUCCUGGUCUACGACCCCGAGAGACCCAACUCCGACCAGGAGAUAGAGCAGUGGUUCUCGUGGUUCCCCAGGAGCAUUGGCCUCUGCGCCAUCCAGGUGCUGGUGGUGCAGUCGCUCCGGCGCCCCGACGCCAAGCGCGCCCCCCUGCCCGCGAAGCUGGCGGCCGCUGGGGUGAGCCCGCCCGCGCCCGUGGCGCCGGACGACCUGGCGAGCGUGCGGAAGACAUUCGGCGCGUUCGUCGGCACGGUGAGGCAGACCGUGCUCGACAAGCAGCGGCAGGAGGAAGAGGACGUGAUGAAGGGCGGCUGA